AUGGUUAUGCAGUCAACAAACACGAAUGACACCUGGCUUGGCUUUCAUGUGGUGGAUUUUUGUGCUCAAUUCGAGGACCUGGGAAUGUUAAGCGAUUUUGUCACCAAGAUGAAAACGGUUGCCAAUUAUGAGCAGUUGAAAGUCCCCACCUGCAAGAAGGCGACCGACUCUGAAGAUGAUUCGUUCUUUGACGAUGAAAUAGAUGAAAAUGAUCAGGAUGCAAACAUGAUUGACAUGGUGCCACCAGUGCGUUUCUUCUUCGAUUCCGAAUAUGCAGCGAUGGAUGUCCGCGCCCAAUAUUUCGAGAUCACCUUCCGAGGGGUGGUGUACCGUUUUGCGCACCCUCAGGGCAAUCAAGCACGACAAUUCACCACGAACAACAUCCUUGAGCCAGCAAAAACUCCACGUCUUUGGGUGCAUCUCCUGGUAAAGGGUGUAAGGCUUCAGGAAUUGAAUCCCCAUACCAAAUGCUACAUUAACGGACCAGUAGUGGAUUUCUACAUGGCGUGGGCUAUGUUGGAGUUUGAACAGGUGCUCAUCGCGAGAACUGGUCUCUCUAACAACUCGGGCAACGACAUCGCCUUCAAAUCAAUGAUUUGCGAGGAAUUAUACCGCUAUUUAAUU